AUGGCGCUCCGCGGAAUCGAGGCUCGCCUCGCUGGGAUCUCUAUCGACAACGGGGAAAACGUGAACCCUAGCGCUAACCACAAAUCUAAGACAGCUAUCAUACCAUCUGGCGCGGCAGCGGCAGCGCUCGCAUCGCUACAGGAUAAACAACAAGCAGCCCAGCGACAAGAAACUGCUAGACACCCACUUCUUAAGAUCGCUGUCCAUAACCAAAACAAUGCGAACAACAAAUGGGUCCCUUCAGACAUGCCCCCACCCCCAUCGCCUCCAAAGAAAGCUAUCGAGUCUUCAGAGGCUAGGCGCUCUAAUAGCUCAACCGGCUCACAGAGCAUUCCAGCAGCUCUCACUCCUCGAGAAUUUCACUUAGGAAUGUUCGAAAUCGGCCGCCCACUAGGAAAAGGGAAGUUUGGACGAGUUUACCUAGCCAAAGAACGCAAGAACGGCUUUGUUUGUGCUUUGAAGGUUCUCCACAAAAGUGAACUACAGAGUGGAAAAGUCGAAAAACAACUCAGGAGAGAGAUUGAGAUCCAGUCAAAUCUAAGACAUCCUAAUAUUCUAAGGCUCUUCGGUCACUUUCACGACUCAAAGCGAGUAUUUCUAAUCCUGGAGUUUGCCGGCCAAGGAGAGCUGUAUAAGAUGUUAAGGAAGGUGGGCAGGUUCCCGGAGCCACGCGCUGCAGAGUAUAUUGCACAAAUGGCUGCCGCAUUGAUGUAUUUACACAAGAAACACGUUAUUCAUCGCGAUAUUAAGCCUGAGAAUAUCCUCGUCGGAAUUCAUGGCGAAAUAAAAAUCUCGGAUUUUGGUUGGAGUGUGCAUGCCCCAAACCAAAGGCGAACAACCAUGUGCGGAACUCUCGACUAUCUUCCUCCAGAGAUGUUGAAUGGCAGUCACUACCACAACGAAAAAGUGGAUCUCUGGUCCCUGGGCGUGUUAACCUAUGAGUUCCUUGUAGGAGCUGCGCCAUUUGAGGAUAGUCCUAUUGAGACUCAAAGGAGGAUUGUCAGGGCAGAUAUGAAAAUCCCAGAUUUUGUCAGCCCCGAGGCCGGAGAUCUUAUCAAAAAACUUCUCGUCAUCAAACCUGACCAGAGGAUACCACUCGAAGAAGUCGUAAAGCACCCUUGGAUUCUCAAACACUGCAUCAACAAACCUCAAUUUACAAAACGUUCAGGUAGCAGCAACAAUUCGGGAGCUUCGGCCAAAAAUUAA